AUGGCGCACGAGAGCUCGAGGCAGGAGAGGCAGGCCCGUGACCGCGGGGUGACCCGAUCCAAGGCAGAAAAGGUGCGACCCCCCACAGUCCCCGUGCCACAGGUGGAUAUCGUGCCCGGGCGGCUCAAUGAGGCUGAGUGGAUUGCGCUCAUGGUGGUUGAGGAGGGCGAGGACGUGGUGGGGGACAUCCUGGCUGAUCUGCUAGCCCGAGUCAUGGACUCCGCCUUCAAAGUCUACCUGACCCAGCAGUGCAUCCCCUUUACCAUCAGCCAGGCCCGGGAGGCCAUGCUGCAGAUCGCCGAGUGGCGCUUUUUGGCUCGGGACGAGGGAGAGUCUGCUGUGGCUGAGGACCCCACGUGGGGCGAGGAUGAGGAGCCCUUGCCAUGCACGACUGAUUCCUGGGCUCAGGGCUCUGUGCCUGUGCUGCACACACAGUUCUCAGAGAGCCACGAGGAAACCUUCGAGAGUGAAGACUCUGGGAUCCUGGACCAUAUUCCGACGGGAAGAUCGUGGCUGGAUAGAUACUCCCAGGAGCAGACGGAAUCUUGGGAGCCCUCUUCCGAGCUGAGAGGUGCCUUGGGCCUCCCACCUACCCCCGAACCAUUUCAAGGGUCAGGGCCGGGAGAUGUUUUAGAGGAAGCUGACAGCUAUCACUCCUCUGUGGAGUCCUUGGGCAGCUUCGAGCUGCCAUGGCUGGAGGUGGGGCCAAUCAAAAGUUCCCACUCUCUGGAGCUAUCCCAGCUAGCCAGCCCCCAGACCCUGGCCCAAAGGGGACAGUCCCUCAUCUACGGCCUGUCACUCGAGGACCUCUACUAUUGCAUGGCCACAGCUGACACUGCCGCAGCUGGGGACCAGAUGGAACUUAAGAAAGAGGGUCUGCCCCUCAUCACCUCGGGCAUGGCUGUGUCAGGGCCCUCCAAGGACCACCCCACCCCACUUAGCCUCUCGGGACCCUGCAGGUGGCAGCAGCCAGGGCGCUGGCAUGCACGGUUGAACCUGCUGCAAUCCAGGACAGACCAUAGGGCAGCCAGAAGGCGCCUGGACCCUACCAGGUUCCCAUACCACUGGGUCCAGCCCCUAACCACAGUCCUGAUUCCAAACUUGGAGAGAUACCCUUUGGACGCCUACUGUGGGCAGCAGCAGAACAAAAAGACCAAGGCCCAGGCUGUGCCUCAAGCCCCUUGUCCUGGCGACCACAUGUCCCCAGCAGGGUUCUUCUCCCUCCAUCCUGGCACUCCUUUCCGUGCCCUUGGCAAGGGCCGCCGACUCAGAUUCCCCACUUCCAACUUGGGCCCACUGGAAUCACCUUCUGCAUCCAAGAAGCCACUCCCCAGCCCUAAGCUCUGCUUCCUGGCCAAGAAACCAGUGCUUGCUAAAGAGAACAGCAGCCCCAGACACCAGCUGUGGCCUGACGUCAAGUGGCCCAGUGGCUGGGAGCGGGAGGUGGAGCUGCUGGAUGAGCUGUGGGCAGGCCACACACAGGCAUCUCCCCAGGGCCUGGGGCCCACAGACAGGGAGGGCCAAGAUACCGCCCAGUGGCCUCAGCCUGCUCAGGUUCUUGAGGCCACCACCCAGUUGCUGUGGAAGCCCUUACUGCAGCCGGAAGCUGUGAAGUUGGCUCCUGGAGUCAGCCUAUGGGACCCCAAAACCCAGAUGCUCUUCAGUUCCACUGUGCCCCAGGAGGAGAACAGAGAAGGUAACAACUCUCCUUCCACUGAGCAGCAGCACCCCAUCCAGACAGAUGCACCAAAGCCUUAUGUGACUGCCACUCAGCUCAUUCAGAACUCCACCCCCAAGGUGUGGCUGGUCUCCUCCAAGGCCCCUCCCCCUGCGAAGCCCUGA